AAAAAAGUCAAACAAAAAUUAAAUCUUGGAAAUGUUGUGGAGGACAAGGGCGGGAGGGUGCUGAAGAAGAGUCCUGGGAUGAUCACAUGAAGAGGGAGGUCAGAGAUCCUGAACCUCAUUUAUUUACCAUGAAGAGUACCUGUAACAUUGACACCAACAUGGAGGCUCUGGAUGGUCCGUAAAUUCACCCAAAGUCCUGAGAGUGACGCACAAGAUGGUUAUUGAUGCUUUGAAGUGUGCAAAGGCAGCGGAUGCACAAAGGCGUGGGACCUUUCCUGAGGAGCUGGAGAGGAGCAGAGACCAUGAGAAAAUGGCAUCCGUCAGUGACAUUGUGUUAACAGGAAACAAGGGUUGCUUUAAGCAGAGGCAGAACACGCACUUCCUCAUCCAUCAGUGCCACAGGAGCCGAUUUAACCGCUGCAGAACAGUCACCCCACUCUCCGAUAUUCAAAGCCAUCGCCGCUGUAACGAGCUGGGGUCAAAACCCUAACACGCACCCUGCCCGGUAGGCAUCCAGGCAGUACACUGGGGAGGAGGUACCAGCCACACCCAUCACCCAGACAGGCCAGCAGCUGCAGAACAGCGCCCCCAGGAUGAGCUGAGGAGUCGGUGUCCUUCCAUGAGCUGAUGCGUUUGCAAAGUGCAAAAAUGAUUCUUGCAAUGUACCCAUCUUCUGAUGACUGCCCAUCUUCUGAUAACGCACCAUGCCACAAAGCUGAAAUCAUCUCAAACUGGUGUCUUGAACAUGACAGUAAGCACACUGUACUCAAAUGGCCUCGACAGUCACCAGGUCUCAAUCCAAUAGAGCACCUUUGGGAUGUGGUGGAACGGGAGAUUCCCAUCAUGGAUGUGCAGCUGAUGAAUCUGCAGCAGCUGCGGGGGUCCAACCCAGUACUAGCAAAGUGUACCUAAUAAAGUGGCCGAUGGACGUGUUGGCCGUGCCUACGGACAGGCAUAAAGGAUGGUACCUUUCUUUGAUGGCUCCCAACACAAAAGGACCAACAUUUGCCUGGCUGGAUCCAUCCAGACUCUACUGCAACUCCCAGGCUCUUGCAGACUGUGUCAAAGAUCUUCUCAGUCCAUUCCACAGUGACACCAUUGACCUGGUUGCUGGGAUAGAUGCAAUGGGUUUCAUUCUUGGGGCAUCUGUUGCCACCACUCUUGGAAAAGGUUUCCUGGCUGUCCGUAAAGCAGGACACCUGUGCGUCGCAACGCAAAGUCAAAACUACACCGACUACACAGGCAGAGAAAAGACAUUGGAAGUAAGACUGGAUGCCCUAAAGCCAGGUGUGAGAGUGUUGUUAGUGGACCAAUGGAUAGAGACCGGAGGCACAAUGAAGGCUGCCAUCCAGCUGGUAGAGAGGCUGGGAGCCACUGUUGUGGGUGUAGCUGCUGUGGCCAUUGAAAACACUGCAGGAGGAAAGUGGAUUAAAGAAAAUUACAAAUUCUCUCACUGCAUCCCAGAGGAGCUGCAGAGCCAAAUUGAUCGGAAGUAUCUCGAUUCUUUCAAAAGCUUUAACAGCUGA